AUGAUUUUCACUGCACGUGCAGCACUCAUCUACCUGUACCACGCGCUUUUUGUGGGGGAGUGGUUUGUGGCGCAGUCCCCACUACGUGGCCUGGGACCCAUGCGGUCACGGCUACUGCUGUCGCGGCUACUACUGGCUGCGUUCGCACUGAGCGCGCCAGCUGCACUGUUCUUAUGGGCUGCCUACCCCCUGAUGGCGGAGGGCCGUGAGCUGCUCGCGCCUGCGCUCUUCCCCUUCAGCAUCGACUCUCCUCUCGUCUACUAUGCUGUCUACGUUUACCAGUGCUCCUGCCUUAUACUCAGUGCCUACAUCGUUUUGACGACAGACAUGCUGAUGGCGACCAUGAUCCACCUGUCGUCGGGCCAGUUCGCCGUGCUGUCGGACAUGGUGCGCUGCUCGGGGAGGCUGGCCGUGGGCCGCCGGGGCGCUCGCCAGCCGGAGGUGCCCACCAUGGAGGACGCCCUCGCCUACUGCGUCCAGUUCCACGAGCGCCUUCUGCGCCUGGUCGCCGACCUCGAAAGCGUCAACUGGUUCAGCAUGGCCUUCAACUUCGGUGUACAAUUAGUCAUCUUGAGUUUUCUGGCGUACGAAGCACUUACGUCCACAGAAGCAGAGGACGUGUCCAAAACCGUGAAGAACGUCACCUACCUGGCCGUCGCCGUCAUGCAGCUGUUCCUCCUCUGCAGCAGCAGCGACGACCUCAUGGCUGCACAGCUGGAGGUGGGUCAGGCUGCCUACGAGUCACAGUGGGUAGGCUCCUCCCGCAGCAGCCAGCGCUGCCUCUGGAUGAUGGUGAUGCGCGCGCGCCGCAUCCAGAGGAUGACCGCCGGCAAGGUCAUAGACAUCAACCUCAUCCUCUUCACCGAGACGCUGACAAAGGCCUUCUCUUACUUCACAGUCCUGCGACAGAUCAAGGGCACCAGCUAG